AUGGUCCGCACGCUGUACGCCGUCGGUGCUGUGUUUCUUCUGGCGGGAUUUCUGCUACCGACCGCAGAAGGGAGGAAGAGGAAUCGCGGAUCUCAAGGUGCUAUCCCUCCUCCCGACAAAGAUCAGCCCAAUGAUUCAGAGCAGACGCAGACGCAGCAGCAGCCGGGCUCUAGGCAUCGGGAGCGAGGCAAAGGCACUUCGGUGCCUGCCGAAGAGGUGCUGGAGUCUAGUCAGGAGGCACUGCACAUCACCGAGCGCAAAUACCUAAAACGGGAUUGGUGCAAAACUCAACCCCUCAAACAAACUAUCCAUGAAGAAGGCUGCAACAGUCGUACCAUUAUCAACAGGUUCUGCUAUGGCCAAUGCAAUUCUUUCUACAUCCCAAGGCAUGUCCGUAAAGAAGAAGGCUCUUUCCAGUCUUGUUCCUUCUGCAAGCCCAAGAAGUUUACCACCAUGACUGUUACACUUAAUUGCCCCGAGCUUCAGCCCCCUAGAAAGAAGAAAAGAAUCACCCGAGUUAAGGAAUGCCGGUGUAUAUCUAUUGACUUGGACUAAUCCAAGGAAAAUAUUGUACUGAUUGCACUCUGACUGUACGCAAUCAUCGCCAGCGUGAGAGUGAGUGGCAUAAUCUAGCAAACCUUCAGGGCUGGACACAACGGAGAGGACCCCAGAAUUAUCUGAAAAAAAAAGAAACCAAAGGAGAAAAUGGACAUAAGGGAAGGACAUGCAUGUGUGUGUGUGUAUGCAAGAAAGAAAAGGGAUAUGUAUAAGCAAAUAGUUGAAUGUUCACUAUGGUAAAUUAUUUUUAACAGGGGUAUGAAAUACUAAAACCUAUUUACCCACAGGCUCAUCUGCACAAUAUUUAGGUUUCCUCGUGCACAUCCACAUUUUUGCCACUUACUGGGAGAGGGGAGCUGUGGCUUUUGCUAAUGUUCAGCUGCCAUGCUAUUUGCUCUUACUGUAUGAAGAGAAACAUCUCAGUGCAGCAUAAAUCUACUCUUAAAAAGGUAGGCAAAAAGCAGUUAAGCCAUAGGAAAACAUCAUAGAAAAUAACAGCUGUGUCAUGAGUUUCUAACGUGCUUCUGCAAAAAAUAACUGUACUCCCAAAGCCUUGUUGGCAGAACAACAGCAGGAGUGUGAAAAAAUCAAUAUAGGUGGCUAGAAAACAGAAUUACAGCAAGUUAGAAAGUGAAGAGUCAAAGUAAGUAGAUGGGGGAAUACAAAUGGGAGGAAAAAAGAAAGAUACAUAAAUAGCAAGACACAGAAAGAGAUACUGUCUUCUGUUUACGUUUUGCUUUAAUUUAUAGACCUAUUCAUAUAUUACAUAAAUUAAAGAGAGGCUAUAUACAAGACUAUAAAUAUAUUUUUGAAUUCUAAUGGCUAAGUUGGUCAAAACCCGUUCUUGUGCCACUAGAUCCGUUUGAUGUCUUGUAUUUCAGAUAUCAGUUAUUCUUCAUAUUUACAUGUAUAUAUAUAUGCAGUAUCUUUUAUUCAUCGGUAUCUAUACAUACACCUGGAGCGUAUGCAUACGCCACCGCAAAAGCAGCCGCAGCGCAGCGCAGAAAUCUCGCUAACCAACAUCCAGUACAAAAUGGCAGUAAUUUAGCACAUAAAGAGCAAAGCAAAAAUUCAAACAAGCACCAUGUGACUGCAAAUGCAAUAACCCCCCGAGAGACGCGAGCCGGGACAUUCAUGCCUAGUAAACAUUGCAUUGUUAUUGUUAUUUUAGCUCUGCCACAGGCAUGCGGUUUGUUGGAAAAGACAUGCAGAGCUUUGCCAGCAAUAAUCCUCCUUUUUUAUCUUCUACCGCAGCCUUGCAUUUAAACAGGAUUUGGACUAGGCAAAGAGAAUUUCCUGAAAAUUAAGGGCCAACUGCCCCUCUCGGUUUAGCGCCGGGGGGGCCGCGAGAGGGGACAGGCGACGUCCGCCGGCGGGCUGGCGUGAGCGGUAGCUCCCGGCUGACCGUUCGGCUGUGCGUCCUACAGCGCGCCGCCUCCCUUGCCGUUCGGGCGCGACGCUCUCAGCGGCAUGGUUAAUGCCUCGCUCAGCCCCGGGCCGGUUACCCCGAAGGUAUUCCCCGGAGGAAGACAUUUCUGCUCUUAUUAACGUGGCCAACGGGGAAAAAAAAUGCACCGUGGCGUCUCGCAGAUGCAGGGAAGGUGCAGGCGUUGCACAGCGCCCUGGGCGGUUACUCACUGCAUCCUACGCUUCUGCGAUCAACAUGUUUUUACUGUAAAAUAUACUGCUAUGGGGUCUGCAUCUGUAAGACUAAGAGAUUGCAACUCAUGGUCUCGUGUUACUGAAACGCGUUGCAUCUGGUAUACUCUCGUUCAGCAGGUUUGACACAUUUAUUCAUGGAUUUUAAAAUCCAGUUUUAAAAUCUGGAAUUUCAGGAGGUAGAUUUCCACUGUGUGGAAUGUGAAUAGUUAAACAGAAAGAUAUGGAUAUUUAAUGUUAUUAUUAAUACAAAUCCUUUUUCGAUGAUAAUUUACAGGGGUUGUUUUCCUUUAAAUUACUUUUUUGAGUUGGUUGGGAGGUGCAAGGGCAGAUCUCAAUCUUUGCUGAAAGUUGUAUACUAGCUAACGUUCCUGCAGCAGAGGGGCAGACCUUAAGGAUGAAAUUUCACUUUCCUUUGGAGCUGACAGCAAAACUCCUGUUGUCCCUGACAGUGACAGGAUUCAUCCUAGGCUGCAAUGUCUCCAGUCUCUUAGACAUUAAGCACAGCUUCAGACAUUCGUAGCGCCUUUAUUUAACGUUAGGUUAGUGCUCUGAAGGAAAAUUGAUACAAAUUUUACGAAUCUUUAUGUUCCAAAACAGCCUACGCAUAGAUCACAAAGGAACUCCCCUUGAGGCAGAUCCCCCCCAUAAAUAUAUAAAUUUUAUACAAAGAACUUUUAUGAAUUGCUAGUUAUUGCCUGAGAGUAAGAAAGUUCUGCUAACUUACAAUUAUACAAGAUAUUAAAUAUCAGCCACAAUAUGUAUUUAAAUGUCUGCUUUAUUCUAAAAACAAUGGACUGUAUAACCUAAGGCUGCAGUAUUUUCAUGCUCGGUCUCACAAAGCAAA